GGUCAACCUCACCCAUCCUCAGCGACAGAUAGCAUGGCUACGGCGAGCACCUCAGGGCAGAGCACCUUCGGGCUCGGGAGGAAAAAGAAGAACCCUGGACUCAUGGAUCAGAUUAGCAACUUCUUUGGAGGAGACAAAAAGAAAAGGAGCAAGGGGUCGUUCCGGGGUCACCUGGCCUCCUCACCCCAGCAAUCCUCUGCUCGCCGCCGGACCAAUGAAAAUGCUGUGGUGCAUUUCUUCAGGAGCAUUGUUUCCUCUCCUCGUCCUAAAUCCAGGUGGAGAGAUGUCUGGGGCUUGGCCUCGUCGCCACGUGCCGAGAGCACAAAGUCGCCGGUCAAAAGACGCAGGGACCAAAGCACAUUCUCCAGAAUCUUCAACCUGGGAGAAAGCAAGUCCCGUCCACCCCCUAAACGCUGGAGCACCAUCUUCUAAGCUCUCCGCCGCGGACCAAACCACAGAUCCAACGC